CCCUUACCUGCAGCCGGUGUGUGAAGUCCAGGGCACUCGUUGUAGUACGAAACGACCGACGACACUCUCGCACACUACAACAAGAACCACCACAUCACGUGCGUGUUUGGCUGUAUCGACCAAUGGGAGUGCGCGUGAUUCGAUUGUUCCCUGGCCGCCGACGAUUGGGGCGGUGGUGGAACACAAGCAAGGGGGCUGCUGUGCUGCACCAGCCCUUGCAGACGACACCUGGAGCCUUGUGGUGGAGGACACGACCUUGCCUACGUGACCGAAACGAAGGGAAGAAAGAAGGUAUCUGCUGCAGGAGGUGGGGAUGGAGGCCGCGUGCCCACAGCUUGUGUGGUGCGCAAAUUCGAUGCGCGAUUGGGGGUUAGAGUUGGUACCACUACAUCAACUCAUCAAUCACAUCAGUGAAAAAAAAUCGCAAUUUAAUCGAAAAAAAAAGGUGAAAAUAAUGUCGAGACCAUCCGGCUACGACUCACACAGCGAAGGCCCAGGUUUUGUUGGCAUUCGCUUUUGCCAAGAAUGCAACAACAUGUUGUACCCCAAAGAAGACAAAGAAAAUAAAAUCCUGUUGUACGCGUGCCGAAAUUGCGAUUAUAAACAACACGCCGACUCUAAAUGUAUCUACGUUAAUAAAAUUAUGCACGAGAUUGACGAAUUAACCCACAUCGUACCUGACGUCAUCUCCGAUCCGACAUUACCGCGCACUGAAGACCACCACUGUCCCGAAUGUAAUCACAGGGAGGCUGUGUUCUUUCAAGCCCAAACGCGACGUGCCGAAGAAGAAAUGCGAUUAUAUUACGUGUGUACAAAUCCGAUGUGCGCUCACAGAUGGACGGAAUAAAAGGCUCAAAUUUUUCCAUUUUUUUUAUUCAAAUACAUUAUGAGCAGUCUUUAAAUGCUGUUUAAUGUACGACUUGUCAAUAAAACAUUUAUCACAA